AUGUCGUUAUCAUUAUCAUUAUUAGGGACAUCUUUACUGUCAUUACUUUUGGCUGGUUAUUUUGCUCGAAAGUACGGAUUACCUCCUCCAGCACCAAAAAUUGCUGCUAUUGAUUUGGGCACAACGUUUUCAUCAAUUGGUAUAUAUCAGGCUGUCACUGGAGCGACAGAUAUAAUUACUGAUGAAACGGGACGACAAAGUAUUCCAAGUGUUGUUGCAUUUUUGUCAAAUGGUACUGUAAUUGUGGGUUCAAAGGCUGUUGAACAACAAGAGCAUAAUCUUUUGCGAACAAUAUAUGAUGCCAAACGUUUUAUUGGCAGAAAGUUAUCUGAAGACGAUCCACAAUUUCAGGCUGAUAGAAGACGGUAUCCAUUUAAAAUUGAGUUAGAUGCAGAAGGACGAGCACUCUUUGUUAUACCAGUGGACAAUAAUGUUAUCAAAAAAAUAACACCGGAAGAAGUUGGUGGCAUAAUAAUAAAUUAUCUUCGAAAAGCAGCUGAGAAGAAAUAUGGGAAUGAAAUCAUUCAAGCAGUUAUUUCUGUUCCAGCUGAAUUCGAUGAUAAACAACGGAAUGCUACUGUACUAGCUCUUGAAAAAGCGGGAAUGGAAAGCCGUCGUGUAAUUAGUGAACCAACCGCGGCUGCCCUUGCUUACGGUUUACAUAAGAAAAAAAACGUUGAAUAUAUUGUUGUGGUUGAUUUGGGUGGAGGUACAUUGGAUGUCUCGAUAUUGUGGUUGCAGGGAGGUAUGUUUAUGACUGUAGCAAUGGCUGGCAACAAUAGGCUUGGCGGCCAAGAUUUUAAUGAUCGUGUUCAAAAUCAUUUGAUACAACAUAUAGCGGAUAAUUAUGGCAAAGUGCUCGAUGAUAAAGAAGAUAUUCAGCAGUUACGCCUUGCGAUUGAAUCUGCAAAAAUUCAGCUCACCACACUUCCUGUCACUAACAUUGAUUUAAAUUUACGAUCACUUGGAAAGAUGCAUUAUAGACUUACGCGCGAGAACUUCGAACUUUUGAACGAAGAUUUGUUUGAAAGUAUCACAGAACCAAUAGAAGCGGCUCUAAAUGACGCUGAAAUAAAAGCAUCCGAAAUCGAUGAAAUCGUGUUGGUUGGUGGUUCAACUCGCAUUCCACGUGUGCGUUCCGUUGUGGGCCGCUAUUUCGGCAAGGCACCAAAUCAUGGUGUUGAUCCAGAACUAGCUGUUGUGACUGGUGCUUCGGUACAAGCUGGUGUUAUUGGUGGCGGUUGGCCUCUUCAGGUGUCCGCUAUAGAAUUACCGGUUAAACGCAGGAAACAUCAUAUCUUCACAGGACAGAAAAAAUCAAAUCAAGUUGUUGAGCAUUCUCGAUAA